AUUAUAAAUCAUUAAAAAUAAAUCGAAAUUAUAAGAAAACAGAGAACAUAAAAUUUAAAAUCAUAUUAAAAUUAAAAUCAGAAAAUUGCAGGAAGGUACACUACCCUUUCCCUGCAAUACUCCAACAAGUGUACGUUUGUAUUGUCCAAUUUACCAUCAUUUCCACUGCUUUUUCAUAGACCAACUUUUCCUUUUCCCAUCAUCCAUCCCUUCCCCUCCAAUUUCCUCUCACAUCCGGCUGCCAUUCGAUCAUUUGCUUGCCACUGCACUUUAUACAUCCAGCUGCUGCUACUAUUAUCUACAUCUCUUUCACCACCGCUCGCUACCGCUGUCUUCGCUGCUGCUCCUUUUCAUAUCCCGUUUCUACCCAUCACCAGAAACAUGACAACAACAAUCCCCAAGUUUGCUCACUUACAAAUUCCACUUGAAGACGUACUAAACGCCACCAAUAACUUUCAUGAUGAUAACAUCAUUGGUCGUGGUGGAUUUGGACCAGCAUACAAAGGACAACUCCAGCGGUCCGGGAAAUUAAUCAAGAUUGCUGCAAGGAGGUUAGAUCGUACGCAUGGUGAAGGACACGUUGAGUUCUGGACGGAAAUUUCAGCGCUUUCAGAUCUCAAGCAUACAAAUCUAGUCUCGAUUGUCGGAUUUUGCAAUGAGAAAGAUGAGAAGAUAAUCAUAACCACGUAUGCGGCCAACGGAAGUCUCCGGGAGCAUCUAAACAAUCCCAACCUCACAUGGACGCAAAGAUUGAGGAUAAGUGUUGGUGUGGCUCGUGCGUUGAGCUACCUCCAUUAUGAUGAGGGACGUGGUUAUGGUUUUAUACACCGUAACGUUAACAGCUCCACAAUUUUAUUAGACGAGAAAUGGGAAGCUAAGUUAUCCGGUUUUGAAAUAUCCAUCAAACAAGCAGUUAACCGAAUGGACCAGAUCACCCUUUCUGAACCUAUUGGCACAAUAGGCUACGUGGACCCAGAAAUUGAAAAGUCCAAAGGGGUGACCUGCAAGUCGGAUAUCUACGCAUUCGGUGUUGUUUUGUUCGAAAUAUUGUGUGGGAGGAGAGCAUAUAUCAAGAACGAUGCUAAUAGGUUACUAGCUACAUUGGUCAUGCAUCAUUAUGAAAAGGAAACAUUGCCCGAUAUAAUCCAUCCUGAUCUAAAGAAUCAAAUGUCCAGACACCAAAUAUCCAUAAGAUCACUCAGAAUAUACUCAGAAACCGCAUUUUCUUGCUUAAAGGAAGAGCGAUCACAUCGCCCACAUAUAUUCAAUAUUGUUAACGAACUUGAGAAAGCAUUGGAGAAAGCAUUGAAGUUUCAACCACGACCUGAAAAUUUUGGAAAUAACUUGGAACACUUGAAGAUUGAGCUUCAUGAUAUAAAGUUAGCCACCCAUAAUUUUUCAGAUACAAAUAAAACUAACUCUAGCAAAUGCUAUACUUGGUACACAGUAGAACUCCGCCAUUUUGCUAAAGAAAACCCUUCCUUCAUAGAAGGGAUAAGUAAAAGUAAACUAUUUAAGAGACAUGACACAUUUGUUAUAAAGCGCUUCCUUCCUGAAGAUGACGAGUUCGAAGAAGAAUUAUUUUUCACAGAACUUGAAGUGCUUGCUAAUGUUAAGCAUCACAACAUAGUCUCUCUAAUAGGAUUUUGUGUUGAAGGUUUUGAGAGGAUACUUGUCACUGAGAAAUUAUCUAUUGGAUUCCUUGGUAAUUGUUUGGGUGACGUAAGAGAAAUGCGUAAUUUGACUUGGGAAAAACGUUUGAAAAUCUGCAUUGACGGUGCGCACGCACUGAAUUACCUUCAUUAUGAGAUGGAUGAUAAGAAAGUGAUGAUACACAGUCAUAUAGAUUCUUUUAAAUUUGGGUUGGAUGAGAAUGGGAGGGCGAAGAUCGAAGACUUUGAGUUUGCGGUAUUCCUGCCUCCAAAUCAAGAAGACGAAACUCUGUGUAAAAGAACAUAUUUUAGGUCCAAGUAUCAUGUGGAUCCAGAAUAUGCGAAGAUUGGUAAGCUAAAAAGAGAGUCGGAUGUGUAUAGCUUUGGAGUUGUUUUGUUUGAAAUUCUAUGCGGAAGAGAAGCUGGUGACCAAAUUUACCUUAAGGAGAGUGAGAAAGGGCUCGUUCAUGUUGCAAGACGAAACUUCUACAAUGGAACAAUAGAGGACGUGAUUGAUCCUACACUAAAGGAAGAAACCGGUAAAAAGAUUUGUAAUCCAAUUAACAAGGAUUCUUUGUACACAUUUUUAAAAGUCGCAGACCAGUGUGUGGCGGAGACUCAAGACCAACGCCCAACAAUGAAAGUUGUUCUCAAGGAACUUCAGAAAGCAUUGGUCUUUCAAGUUAUUCAGGAGGAGCAAGUACAUGAGCCAAAUAUGGACCAAGUUGUCGACGAACUUCAGAUAACAACUUUUCAAACUCCUGUAAAUAACUUGGAACACUUGAAGAUUCCUCUCACUCAUAUUCUAUCAGCUACCAGUGAUUUUUCAUAUACAUACAGAAUUGCAAUUCUUGAUGACGUUCAGUUCUAUCGAGCAGAAUUGGAGCAUUAUGAUAAAGAAAAUCAUUCAUCAAAGAGACAAAACACUGUAAUUAUAAAACGCUAUCCUUCUGAUAGACGUCACCAGUUUUCUGGAGAAAAACAGUUUCUUACAGAAAUUGAAAUUCUUUCCGGUGGAGUUAAGCAUCCCAACAUAGUCACUAUGCUUGGAUUUUGUGUUGAAGCUUCUGAGAUGAUCCUUGUCAUUGACAAUUUUUCUAAUGGAUUCCUUGAUGAUUAUUUGGAAAACCUCAAAGAAAAACGUGUUUUGACUUGGGAAAAACGUUUGAAAAUUUGCAUUGAUGUUGCACACGGGUUACAUUAUAUUCACUCUCAGAUGGAAGACCAAAAGAUGAUAAUAAAUCGUGAUAUAUGUAGCUACAAAAUUGGAUUGGAUGAGAACCAGGGGGCAAAAAUUGUUGAAUUUGGCGAAUCCAUAGUCUUGCCUCUAGAUCAAAAAGAUGAAGCCCUUUAUCUCCAAUGCAUUGGCGCAGAACACUACAUAGAUCCAGAAUACAAAAAGACUAAUAAGGUGAAAAGAGAAUCAGAUGUUUAUGGUUUUGGAGUAAUCUUGUUUGAAAUUCUAUGUGGGAGAUUAGCCAAUGACCCAAUAUACCUUAAGGAGAGUGACAUAGGGUUGGCCCAUGUAGCAAGACGAAGCUUCAGCACAGGAUCGCUAGAAGAGUUGAUAGAUCCUAUAAUAAAGGAAGAAGUUGGUGAAAACAAUUUUGUUCUAAACAGAGGACCCAACAAGGAUUCUUUGCACAGGUUUAUUACAAUUGCACACCAAUGUGUGGCAGAAACUCAAGACCAACGCCCAAAAAUGGAAGUCGUAGUCAACGAACUUGAGAAAGCAUUAUUCUUUCAAAAAAACAACAAUGACAUCCCAAGAAUGUCACUUGAAGACAUAAAACAGGCCACACAAAACUUUCAUAAUGACAAUUGCAUCGGGAGAGGAGGAUUUGGGAAAGUCCAUAAAGGAAACUUUCAAGAUGGUGAUGGAUUUAAAACCAUUGUUGCAAAGCGAUUGGAUUCAAGGUUUGGUCAAGGGGAACAACAAUUCUUAAGUGAGCUCCAAAUUCUUUUAGAUUUUAAGCAUGAGAGUGUCAUUGGUCUUGUGGGCUUCUGUGAUGAAAAUGAUGAAAAAAUUAUUAUCUAUGAGUAUGCGUCCAAAGGAAGUCUUGAUAGAUAUUUAAAUGAUGUUUCUCUUACAUGGGAGAAACGACUUGAUAUAUGCAUUGAUGUUGCAAGAGCGUUGGAUUUCCUACAUGGAGGAGUUGGAAAACAAGCGAAGGUGAUACAUAGGGACAUCAAAACUGCUAACAUUCUACUAAAGGAUGAGUGGAAAGCAAAACUUGCUGAUUUUGGGCUUUCCUUAGUAAGUCCAUUAGUUAAAGAGACGGACUAUGUUAUUGAUCAUGUGUGUGGAACAACUGGAUACCUGGACCCACUUUAUAGAAAAUUGGGGUUCCUAACCAUAGAGUCCGAUAUUUAUUCAUUUGGUGUUGUUUUAUUUGAGAUUUUGUGUGGGAGAUCGACAUUUGAAAUCAAAAAACAUGAGGGCCACUAUCUACCAGAUUUCAUUGAAAAAAGUUUUAAAGAAGGAAAGCAUGGUGAGGUGGUGUUCAAACAAAUAAGGGAACAGAUCGUGCCGAAAUCAUUAAUUACAUUUCAAGAGAUUGCCUACCAAUGCCUACAUCUUGAUAGAGAAAAACGACCAACAACAAAAAAAGUUUUAAUGCAACUCAAGAAAGCAUUGGUAUUUCAAAACAUGUCAUCAACAAUGAACCAGUUUGCUCACUUACAAAUCCCACUUGAAGAUGUGGCGAAGGCCACCAACAACUUUCAUCAUGAUAACAUCAUCGAACAUGAUGGAGUUGGUAUCGCAUAUAAAGGACGACUCUUGUGGUCUGGGAGGUUGAUGGAGAUCGCUGCUCGGAGGUUUGAUUGUAAGCGUGGGGAAGGAGACCUCAAGAUCUUGACAGAAAUUUCAGUGCUUUCUGAUCUCAAGCAUAAAAAUCUAGUCUCUGUUAUUGGGUUUUGUGAUGAGAUAGAUGAAAAGAUCAUUGUAACCACGUAUGAUGCCAAUGGAAGUCUAGGGCAGUAUUUAAACAGCCUGAACCUCACAUGGAAGCAAAGAUUGAGGAUAUGUCUAGGUGUGGCUCGUGCGUUGAGUUACCUACAUUAUGGCAAGGGACGUGAUUAUGCUAUUCUACAUUGUAACAUCAAUAGCAAAACUAUUUUAUUGGACGAUAAUUGGGAAACCAAGUUAUCCGGUUUUGAAUUUUCCAUCAAACAAUCAGUAAAUGAUAAGGAUCAGGUGUGUCCUUGUGAACACACCGGCACAUUGGGGUGUGAGGACCCAGCGAUUGAAAAGACGGGAGGUGUGACCCACAAGUCGGACAUUUACUCAUUCGGUGUUGUUUUAUUCGAAACAUUGUGCAUGAGGAAAGCAUUAAUUCAGAACGAGGCUGAUUGGUCUCUAGCUCAGUUGGCCAAGUAUCAUCAUGAAAAGGGAACUUUGCAUGAUAUAAUCCAUCCUCAUCUAUUAAAUCAAAUAUUGUCUCCGCAAGCACUCCUCAUAUACUCAAAGGUAGCAUAUUCUUGCUUAAAUGAUGAUCGAGCACACCGCCCAGAUACGCACUAUAUUGUGGCUAUACUUGAGAAAGCAUUGGAACUUCAGUUGCGUCAUGAAAAUAUUGAAAACAAGUUCGGACACUUGAAGAUUCAUCUCAAUGAUAUUAAAUUAGCAACAAAUAAUUUCUCAGAGACAUACACAAUUGCAUCUGUGGAUGGCGAAUGUACUUUGUACAGAGCAGAACUCCACUGUUUUGAUAAAGAAAAUCCUUCAUCUGAAAAGGGGAAGAAUAAAGGAGAUCAUCCCAAGGGACACAACAUUGUGGUUAUAAAACGGUACCCCUCUGGAAGUCAGUGUUUUGGAGAAGAAGAGUUUUUUACAGAAAUUGAGAUGCUUUCGAGUGUUGAGCAUCCGAACAUAGUCACUUUAAUUGGAUUCUGUAUUGAAGAUUCUGAGAUGAUCCUUGUCAUUGAGAAUGUGUCUAAUGGAUAUCUUUGGAAUUAUUUGGGAAAUGACAAUGAUAUGCGUAUUUUGACAUGGGAGAAGCGUUUGAAAAUCUGCAUUGAUGUUGCGAACGCAUUGGAGCACCUUCACUCUGAGAUGGAAGACCAAAAGAUGAUAAUACACCGUGAUAUAUGUCGCUACAACAUUGGGUUGGACGAGAACUGGAGGGCAAAGAUUGAUGGGUUUGUAGCAUGUGUAUUCUUGCCUCCAAAUCAAGAAGACGAAGCUGUCUAUAUCAAGUGGCGUGGCAGAACGGACUACAUAGAUCCAGAGUAUGAGAAGACUGAUAAGUUAAAAAGAGAAUCAGACGUUUACAGUUUUGGAGUUGUAUUGUUUGAAAUUCUAUGUGGGAGGAGAGCCUAUGACCCAAUUUACACGAAGGAGAAUGGGAGAGGGUUGGGCCCUGUGGCAAAACAAAGCUUCUGCAUGGGAACACUAGAGAGCAUGAUAGAUCCUAUAUUAAAAGAAGAAACUGGUGAAAACAAUUUUGUUCUAAAUAAAGGACCCAACAAGGAUUCUUUGCACACAUUUAUGAAAAUUGCAUACCAGUGUGUGGCAGAAACUCAAGACCAACGUCCAACAAUGAAAGUCGUUGUCAAGGAACUUGAGAAAGCAUUAUCAUUUCAAUUGAAUUCAGAGGUUAAAUCUGAUUAUGUGGAGGAGAAGAGUCAUGCUUCCAUAAUUGAGACACAAGUAGUUGAGCUUUCCAAUGAACUGAACAGUAUGAACAUGACCGGCAAAUCUGAAAAUUUUGAAAUUCAUAACAAGGAAAAUAUGUUACAUGACCAAACCGAUGACUCAGCUGAACCUGACUGUUUUUGAUCAUAUGACUAGAGACAUAUGAGAAGGGAUUGCCAAAUUGGGUGAUUUGCGAUUUAAGGUGUUGGAUUCAGCCGGGUUAGAGGCCGAGGCUUCGUCUGGUUCCGUUCUUGGUCGGAGUGCAGAAAUUACCGCAAAUGUGUUGAGAAAGUGUAAAUUCGCACUAUUUCUUAUUGAUGCAAGAGACGGCUUGCAGCCCAUGGAUUUGGAUGUUGGAAAGUGGCUAAGAAAGCAUGCUCCUGAAAUCAAAAUUAUUACGGUAAUGAACAAAGCUGAAUCACUUGAUGAUGGUUUUGGGUCUGUUGUUUCUGCUGCUAAUGAAGCCGCGCGUACAUUGAGAUUUGGAGAUCCUGUUGCUUUCUCUGCAGAAACUAGUUUAGGGAUGAAUGAUUUAUAUGAAGUUUUCAGGCCAUUGCUUGAACAACAACAAAUGCUUCUUCAAACUGUACAAGUUUGCAACUCAGAUGAAACUAAUGAAGAGGAGUCAAAGCUACCCUGCAGUUAGCAUUUGUGGGCCGGCCUAACGUUGUUUUGGAGUGCUUUCCUGCAUUGACUUUUUAUGCUUCAAGUAUUGUUGACUUUUGACUGCAUUGACUUCUAGUUGACUGAGGCCCACCUUUUAGAAGCUUUGACCAAAUCCAGACCAUCAAAAUUCCAGAUAUGUUCUACAUUAACAGCCAUGAUCAGGCUAGAAAAUGUCAGAUGUUGCUGCAUUUGACUUCCCAGAGUUGACUUUUGACUAUUCAGCCAUUGUGAAGUUUCGGCAUCAGUUGAAGCUUUAGAGAGCACUGAAACAAAGAUAUAGAUAGAAACAAACUAUUUUGAAAAUGGGUUUUCAUGUUAUGUUUUAUCUUUAACUGUUUUAAGUGCUAAUAUCAUCAACAAGAUUAUGACCAUUA